GCCUGCUGAGGCCCGAUGGCGGCGGCCUGGCCGGGGCUGUGGUGGCUGAGGCGGUUGGGGCCGCUGCUUUGCUGCUGCUGCUGCCUGCCCUCAACCAACUGCACCGGGCCCAGCCGUCACCGGACCCAGGACCGGCCCGCCACCAUCGCCAGCCAACGCGCCCCGACCAGCAACCACACCGCGGCCUUCCGGGAAAGUCUUAGAAGACAUAUCCGCCUGAAUUCAUUAUCAUUACACGACAACACCACUGCGUCUUAUGGAACAAAUCAAUUUUCACAUCUUUUUCCUGAAGAAUUUAAAGCUAUUUAUUUAAGAAGCAAAACUUCCAAACUUCCCAGAUACUCAGAGUCUCAGGAGACAUCUAUAAAGCCAAUGCCUUUGCCUAUAAGAUUUGACUGGAGGGACAAGCAUGUUGUAACACAAGUCAGGAACCAGGAGGCGUGUGGAGGAUGUUGGGCCUUCAGCAUUGUAGGUGAAAUAGAAUCUGCCUAUGCCAUCCAAGGGAAGCCACUCGAAGAGCUUAGUGUACAACAGGUGAUUGACUGUUCAUACAACAAUUACGGUUGCAAUGGAGGCUCUACUAUCAACGCUCUGAACUGGCUAAAUAAGACGCAAGUAAAACUGGUGAAAGAUUCAGAAUACUCUUUUAAAGCUCAGACUGGAAUGUGCCAUUAUUUCUCUGGCUCACACUAUGGGAUUUCAAUCAAAGGUUAUUCUGCAUAUGACUUCAGUGGCCAGGAAGAUGAAAUGGCUAAAGUGCUUCUUUCUUUUGGUCCUUUGGCAGUGAUAGUGGAUGCUGUGAGUUGGCAAGAUUACCUAGGAGGCAUUAUACAGCAUCACUGCUCCAGUGGAGAAGCAAAUCAUGCAGUUCUCAUCACUGGCUAUGAUAAAUCAGGUAGCAUUCCAUACUGGAUUGUACGAAACUCUUGGGGCUCUUCAUGGGGAGUAAAUGGUUACGCCCAUGUUAAAAUGGGUGCCAAUAUUUGUGGCAUUGCUGAUUCAGUUUCAGCUGUGUUAGUGUGACCUGCAGCAAGCAGGUUGAAAGGUCAAAUAGAAGCUCUUUGUUGUGCUGUUUUACAUCAGUUCAUCAUGGAGUUUUUUCAUUCUCCAGACAUAAUCAUCAUCAAAUGGUUUGGAGCAUCCGGGUGUGCUGACUGUACUAGAAAGCAUUAGUAUUUGUAAGUAGAAAAUUUCUCUGGAGAGAAAUAACUGAGAUUAAGGGGAGAAACACCAGCUUUUGCUGUACCAAACCAGAUGUUUGAUGGGGAAGUGGAAAUGAUUAUUUUUGCCUAUCAACUAUUACCUUGCCUAUCCUGUCGCCUUCAUGGGAUAGGAUGGUAAAACAGGUGAAUUUAAGGGAGAAAAUGCCAUUUUGAGUUGGCCAUUCAUCUAGACAAUAUUUGAAUCUGAAGAACCUGGGGAGGUUUGAAGCUACCAUUCACACCUCAGUAUGGUCUACCUAGGAAGGCCAAGACUGCAUAGGGUUUAAAGUGAAACAGUGAUUUAGAAGAAAUCCUCCUCUAGACUCUAAGCUUGUUGUGGGCAGGGAAUCUGUCUACCAACUCUUCUGUACUGUACUCGCCCAAGUACUUAGUACAGUGCUCACAUAGUAAGUGGUCAGUAAAUACCAGUGGUUGAAAACUGAAAGUGGCUUGUUGGGGGUAAGAGCUAAACUGCCUAAAACCCAAAAUAUUUAAUGUGAGAGAGAUUGGGUGCAGUCCUAUAAAAAGGGGUUUGGGCCUGGAAAGAUUUCUCAAAUUGAAUAUCUACUAUUCCAUCUGUUGUUUACCGCCAACAAUUUCCUCCAUUUUUUCUGUCUUUCACAUGAUUUCCAUUCUCUUAUCCUAAUGAAUUAGCUCUUCUUAAAUGGACACCUAUCAUUUCCUGACCAGUCUCAUUUCUAUUUAUAUUCCUUCAAACAUAAACUACACUCUGUCUAGGUCUUUUCUAACUUUAAUUUUUCUUAUUUUUUUGUAUCUAUGCCCCUGGUAUUCCUCUCCUUGUCCUCUUCUCACCUCAUUGUUUGUCUCCAACUCCCUUCUCCUCUUGUUUUUGCCCCUCACCUCUCUUAACCUUCAAGCCAUAAUCAGCUUUCCUUGCUCUUCUUUUGUUUUUCACCUUGGCACUUUUUUUUUUGGUCUUGACACCUGUGUUCUAUCUCCUCAUUACUCACCUAAAUGAUUCCCACCUGCUGUUCCCUCAUUGCUCUUAUGCUCCAGCAAUUUGUCUCUUGUGCCAGCUGUCAUUCCCUCUACUUGUUUGCCUGCCUGGCUUAGCACCCUUGAUUUAGCAUAGAAGCAGGGACAGAGAAUUUCAGUGAUGGGAAGAAAGCAUCAGGCACCAUUUCUUACCUUGCAUUGCUGAGUUGGGAGAGCAGCUGCUUCAGCCUUGAGAAAGUGCCUAGGCCAAGUCUAGAUCAGUUUAACUGAAAAUGUCUAGUAGGAGAAAGGGAAAAAAAAAUAAUAACACACAUCUACUUAUGUGUAUUACCUGCUUUAGGUUGGGGACUUUUAUAAGGCAAGGUUUUGAAGCAACAGUAGCAUUCAACAACCGUUUAUGUUAACCCCUUCCCUCUUUUAUUGUGCAUUGAAAUCAAUAAUCAGAAAUCACUGGCACAUAAGCCCUUACAUUACAAUGUUAAACACAAACAAAAUUCUGUAUCUAGAUCUAAAUACCUGUUUGUUUGUUCACUCACUGUUUCUGUUGAUUGAUUUUUCUCUUAUCCAAGUGCAUUUCUUCAUUGAUUUCUGUAACAGUGUCAACUCAAGCAACCAGUUUAUUUAACAAAGAAAAUCCUAUUUUCUAACAAGUAUCUUUAUAAUUAAAAGAAUAUACCCA